GCUCGCUCAAUUGAGAAAGACCACACAAAACACUAGGGAAGGGGGGAAUCUGAAAACCCAAACCCAAAUCCAAAUCCAAAUCCAAAUCCACGCCUCUCCUCCUCAUCGCUCGCACCACGCGGCGGCUCUCGGCCGGACCCUCAUGGAAGCCGGCGACGACCCCAUGGACUUCACCUGGACCGCCGGCUGGGAGGCGGCGCACCCGGCCUGCGACUCCAGUCCCGAUCCCGCGCCCGACCCCGCGCCGGCCUGCGACUCCAGCCCCGACCCCAAGCCGGCGCCGCCGGCCUGCGACUCUAGCCUCGACCCCGCGCCCGACCCCGCGCCGGCGCCGCAGGAGGCGGAGGCGGAGCCCAUGAUCCUCGUCUCCGGCCCGCGCGUCGCCGUCUCCGGGCUGAGGCGGGCCGACUGCCACGCAGGUGAAUGCGUCCUGUUCCUCAAUGCGGGCGGGUGCGCCAUCGAGGACGACGAUCCCUCCGCAAAGUUCUCCAGCGAUUCUUUCUUUCAAGGAGGGGAGUCGAUAGAGACUUCCGAGAGCAUACUCGAAGGCGGCGACUAUCCGUCGCUCUACAGCUCGGCACGCUACGGCGAUUUCAGCUACAGAUUCGAUGGCCUUGCCCCUGGAGACUAUUACCUGGAUCUGCAUUUUGCUGAGAUUGUGCACACCGGUGGGCCAAAAGGAAUCAGAUCGUUUGAUGUGCUCGUGCAGGAAGACAAGAUCUUGUCUGAACUUGAUGUGUUCGCGGUGGUCGGAGGUAACAGGCCCCUUCAGGUGCUUGACAUCAGGGCUUAUGUUGGGAGCAAUGGUGUUAUCAUCAUCAACUUCAAGGGAGUAAGAGGGAACCCCAUGGUUUGUGGCAUCUGCGUUCGGAAAGCCCCAGCAACACCAGCGGCAAAGUUAGGUACGCGAGGGACUGGCUUAUGCAAAAAGUGUUUAACUGUUGUUGAGAUUUCUUCACCUAUUCAGAAAAGGACAAUAAAACUGAUCUCAAAGUACGAGAAACAGAUUGAGGACCUAACCAGCCAAUGCACCAGCAAGUCCGAUGAGUGCUCCAUGGCAUGGUCUUUAGUAGAAUCUACCAACCAAGAACUUGACAGGCUGAAGAUGGAGCUUCACCAAAAGCUUGUGCAAAGUGAUAAUUUUGAACAAGUCCUUGAUACGCAAACAGACCAACUUAGAAAAGUCUCUCAGAACUACGAAAAUGACAAGAAACUAUGGGCUGCUGCCAUAUCUAACCUGGAGAGCAAGAUCAAGGCCAUGAAGCAAGAGCAAGCACUGUUAUCUCUUGAAGCACACGACUGUGCGCAAGCGGUCCCUGAUUUGAGUAAGAUGAUUGAAGCUGUUCGAGCCUUAGUUGCACAGUGUGAUGAUCUGAAAGUGAAGUACCAUGAAGAGAUGGCCAAGAGAAAGAAACUUCAUAAUAUUGUCCAGGAGACAAAAGGAAAUAUUAGAGUUUUCUGUAGAUGCCGCCCCUUGAGCAAAGUUGAGACAUCUUCAGGUUUUAAGUGUGUGGUAGAUUUUGAUGGAGCAAAUGAUGGUGACAUUGGGAUUAUGAAUGGUGGAACAACAAAAAAGACAUUCAAGUUUGACAGAGUUUACACACCAAAGGAUGACCAAGCCGAGGUUUACGCCGAUGCCUCUCCAUUGGUCACGUCAGUGCUUGAUGGAUACAAUGUAUGCAUUUUUGCAUACGGACAAACAGGAACUGGGAAAACCUUCACCAUGGAAGGGACUGAAAGGAACAGAGGAGUAAACUAUAGAACUCUGGAGGAGUUGUUCAAGAUUGCCGAGGAGAGAAAAGAUACUGUCACGUACAACAUAUCUGUUAGUGUCCUUGAGGUUUACAAUGAACAAAUCAGAGAUCUGCUUGCAACAUCCCCUUCAUCUAAAAAGUUGGAGAUCAAACAAGCAGGUGAAGGAUCCCAUCAUGUGCCUGGCAUAGUUGAGGCCAAAGUUGAGGACAUAAACGAAGUUUGGGAUGCCUUACAAACUGGAAGCAAUUCCAGGGCUGUAGGGUCAAAUAAUGUGAAUGAACACAGCAGUCGCUCACACUGCAUGCUCUGCAUCAUGGUUAGAGCAAAGAACUUGAUAAAUGGGGACUGCACAAGAAGUAAACUCUGGCUAGUAGAUCUUGCUGGGAGCGAGCGGUUAGCCAAGACUGACGCUCAAGGUGAUCGGCUUAAGGAGGCACAAAAUAUUAACAGGUCGCUUUCUGCUCUAGGCGAUGUAAUUUCUGCUCUUGCUUCCAGAAGCAGCCACAUUCCAUACAGAAAUUCCAAGUUGACACACUUGCUCCAAGAUUCUCUAGGAGGGGAUUCGAAAGCCCUAAUGUUUGUACAAAUCAGCCCAUCCGACAACGAUGCGUCGGAAACCUUGAGUUCGCUAAACUUUGCUAGCCGUGUUCGUGGUAUAGAACUGGGCCCGGCAAAGAAGCAGGUUGACACGGCCGAACUUCAGAAGUUCAAACAAAUGCUUGAAAGGUCUAAGCAAGAGGUCAAGCUUAAGGACGAUUCUUUGAGAAAGCUGGAAGAGAACUGCCAAAAUUUGGAGAAACAAACCAAGGGAAAAGAGCAACUUUACAAAAACUUGCAAGAGAAGGUGAAGGAGCUUGAAAGCCAACUAGACUCUAAGGAGAAGCAGCAGAAUCAGCUUUCUGAAAAACUUAAGGAGAAAGAAGAAACAUGCACUGCGCUUGAGCAGAAGAUAAGGGAGUUGGAGCGCAAUCUUGAACAGCAGCACCGAUCAGACUGUGAUGUUGCAGCUCUUAACCAAUCGAUUGAGGAGCUGGAGCAGCUGUGGCUCAAGCUGAAGGAACAGGAACAGCAAACAUCAGAUGCAGAAUCAAAGAUUGAGGAGCUGGAGCUCAAGCUCAAGGAACAGGAACAGCAAAGAUCAGCUGCAGAAUCAAAGGCAAGGGAAAUGGAACAAGAGCUCUUGGAAGCACAGAAAACAGAAUCAAUGCUUGAGAGCCAGCUGCUGGACCUCAAGAAGAAACUACCGGAGAUGGGGGCAAGAAAACUCCAAGACGCAAACGCGAUGCCUGAACCCUGUAACAAUCCAAUACCAAGGGUUCUUCCUGCCACCCCUGUAGAGGCGAACAUGGUGCCGCCUCCUUGUGCGAGGGAGGUGAUGAGCGAGAAGGCGCAGCAGCAGCACCACCGCAUCCUGAGAAGCUCGGACUCGGCCAACAAGCGGGUGCCCAGCUCCCUCUUCGCCGAGGCGGGCGUUGUCAACGAGAAGAAGAGGAAAGGGGAGGACAGCCACCCUGCCGCCUCUGCGAGGCAGAACGCGGGGAGGAAGAGGAGCAGCCUGCAAGCUGAGGUCGAGAACCAGCUCCCUGCCGCCGCCGCCGCCACAAGGAAGAGGAGCCUGCAGGGCGGGGAGGUGAGGUCGAAGAGGGCGUCGAACCCAGCUAGGCCUUCGACGUCCGCGUCUUCCAGGGCCACAACGGCAAGCGUGGCCGCGAACAAGGCGGUUUCUGGUUCUAGGGUCACCAGGCAGCAGCAGGCUACCGUGGUGAGCAGCAACAAGACCAAGGGCUGGGUGAGGUAGGCAGACCCCCUACCUGGGCUGCGUUGCGUUUAGGCGUUGUAGUAGAUGAGAUGAGAUGAGAUGAGACGAGACGGGACGCCAUUGUCGUAGUGACCGACGACUUGUCUGUAACUUUGUUUGUAGAAGAUGCUCUAGUCUACUUUUUUUUUUUUUUUUUUUUACUGUACCCCUCCCUCUCCCUGGUAGAAGACGAUGGAUUGGAAUUGGACGCUCAACCUUGAGCUGAGCUGAGCUCAAUUAAGGCAUCAUCAUCAUCA